AUGGGUGGUUCCACAAUGAAAACUGCAAAAGUUUGGCGUUAUUUCGAUCAGUUACCGACUGAAGAACAGGCUGCCGAAUGCAAGAUAUGCUGCAAGAAGAUCAAAGCAACCAACAGCAGUACUACCGGUAUGAUACGUCAUUUGAGAAGUUGCCACGUUAACGAAUACCAACUUCUUCAAGAAGCACGACAAAACGGCCUUAUCCUCAAACAAGAAGAGAAGUCCAGAUCAACCGUACCAAAACAACCGAUUGAAAUCAAAAAACAAAAACCGAAAGAAAUCAGUGCACACACAAUUGCAAAUCUUAUUGCUUCACCUCAACAGGAAGUGGCCAAAUGUGCUAUCGAAAGUUGUUCCACUCAAAACAAACCAAUUAUCUCAAACGAUAUGCCACCAGUACUGAAAAAAGCAAAAUAUGAAGAGUGCAAUGCAGUUGAUUUACGGAUUGAAAAGACGACGACUGCAUCUUCAAAUCGCUCCUCAUCAGCCAGUCAUGCGAACAGUCAAGAUCGACGACCAUACCAAAAACCUGCAGCUGGUGCUAGAUUAAGUGGAGGCACAGCAGUGGAAAAGACUCGUAGCGUGUUGAAAGAAGCGUCUUUCUUUUGGCCUGAGGAUCAUCCGGAUGCAAAACGGAUCACCAACCAAGUUGGUUUAAUGCUUCUUCUUGACAACGAAUCGCCAGCGGCUGUGGAUCGUGCCGGUUUCAGAGGACUUUUGCGAUUACUCGAACCAAAAUAUCGUAUGCCAUCAGCUGAAAAGUUCCAGAAAGUGAUCAUUCCACAAAUUUUUAAUCAACUAAAAUCUGAUCUAGUUGGCUUCCAGCAAAGCUUCUUCCAAAAUAAGUUAGUUCCAUUCUGCUGCUUUUCACAUUUUCCGUUUGGUGUGGACACAUCUUCGAAUGUUAUCGAUGCAAGCACUCUGGCGCAGUUCACAAAGCCAAUGCUUCAGCAACAUAAAAAUGCACUUAACGUUCAGCCUGAACAGUGUGAACUAGAUCGUGUGGUGAUCAAUUCAAUCCGCUCUGCACAAAAUAUCUCACAAAGUUUCUCACAUAGUAUUCAACUAUGCGAUGAAGAGUCUGAAUCGAGCACAGAUCCCGAUUCAGUGCUUCUGUCGCGUAUCGAUACUUUUCUUGAACGAAUCGGGAAGUAUGUCUUCCCACAGACAGAAGUGGUAGAACUGUUACGAAGAUGUUAUGGAAUUGUACGUCAUUUGGAGAACAGUCCGGAAGAUGCGACGACAGUGUUAGGUGCGGCAAUGAACGGUACGCAGAGUGCUGACCUAUCGAAGUGCAUUGAAUUUGUGGCCAAUAAUCUAGCAGCUAUACAUGCGCUGCAUUCUCAUCGUCCGUUCACCAGCUCAUUCAAGCCUUUCUCAAGCGAAGAGGCUCAGUUCCUUUCUGAUCUCAAUGCACAUGUUUCAUCCACUUUAUAA